AUGUGGAGCUCCAGCUCUCAUCACUGGACGAACAGCUCGGGAUACCAGGGCAACGAUGACUGGAACCGGACGAAGCAAGAUUGGUCCUCAAGCAAAUGGUGGAACUCCCGAUCCGAGACUCCGAAGUCGCCUGUCGUAGCUGCCCCUGAACCAACGAUUCCUUCGAAUUUCAAGAGUGACAGCAAGUUUUUCAAUUCUACUGCGAUAAGCUCAGGCAAUCACCAAUUCCACCGAGUUAUCCAAUCAACGGAUUGGUCUAGCAAAGCACAGUUGGCUGGUAGGCCGGUGGAAGAUUUCAGAGUGCACGAGCUUUGCCUUCGAGGAUUCAGUGAAUUUUCGCUGCGCAUGCUUUCCGAGGGCUGUUUUCAGUCGAUAGUGUGGACGCGCAACUCAGCAGAAAGUGUCCUGGUGACACAGUUGCUUGAGAGCAUUCGUGAGUCGAAAGUGGAUGUCGAUGCUGUAGCACUUCAGUGCAUCAAAGAGAGCAAUCUUUCUCCUCCGGACAAGCAUAAGCAAGCUGCUGCUUUCAUGCAGCCGCUGAUUGAAGUGUUGAUGAAAGAGAUCAAAUCUCGCAUUCCCAAGUCAGAAUCUGCUUCGUCUGCUGAUGCUGAAGAGUUGAUUCGAGCCAAAACGAAGCUUGCACAAGCCGGUCUAGCGCUGACCCCACGUCUUCCAGUUGACAUGAAGCGUGGCAAGAAGCGCAAGGCAGAAAAUGAGGAAGAGCUUGCGCAUCAGAUUAAGAAUUUUUUGAGUGGCCGGCCGGUCACAUCGCUCAAAGACAAUCGUCCGAAGAGUGUCAAAGAUGAGCAUGUUGAGGAGUGGAUGCAAUCGUUCAAGAAGCAGUACAAGGGCAAGUUUCGUGAGUUGAACAAGCAUGUGAACUGUGUCGUCAAGUUGUUGACUGAGCAGUCCGACAAGAAAGAGGUGGUGGAAGCAGCCAUCAACUUCGGCCUUGAUCGCAAGUUUGCAACACGUUUGAACAUCACGAGCCUCAGCAAGUGCAUCGCAAUGGCUAAGUAUCAGGCGUUCCAGUGGGCCAACGUCAAUCCGGUGCUUAUGCCACAAUGGAAGCAGAGCAAGUCGUUAGGGCGAGAAGGCUUUUGGCACGGCUGGCGGCACGGUGCUUUCACGGCUUCAGAGGUAACUGCCACAAGUGCCAAGAGAGGUGUGAGGUUCAAAGCAACCUGGGAUACAGUCAUCAUGAUCGGGUUAUCACAUGGCAAUGCCAACGAUUGGUACUGGGACAUCGACUACUCCAUGUAUGUUCACACCCACUGGCGACGGCUCUGGGGUCGGAGAGGCCCCAGAGGCUGGUGGGGUAACCGAUUCCUGGGAAGUCGCCGUUGGUCUGGAGGUGACCGUGACAUUUUCGAAGUGAGGUUGAACAGUGAUCGCUCACGCGUCGAGUAUGUUGUCAACAGACGGGUGCUGUGGACGGCCCCAGAAACUGCCUGGUUCCCUAUGAAUAUCGAUGCCAGUGUUUGGCGCGGUGCUCUCUAUGAUGUCUCUUGGGUGUGUGAUGGCGGCUGCUCCGAGGAGCCUGGCUAUGACAAGGUCUUCCUGGCCACAGACGCAAAGCGUUGGGGCAGGGGUCCCGGUGGACCGUCCGGCAGCGACCGCCCAAACGGUGAAGGGUAUACAUCUGGCGAGUAUGCUGUGUUCAUGCAGCAGUCUCUGGAUGGCUGCAGGAUGCUCUGCAAUGAGCGUUACUGGUGCGCCGGCUUCGGCUUCAAGCAUACCGAUUCCUUCGGCGACUAUCCUGAUUGGCAGGAGGGAAGCUGCCAGCUCAUGAGCCGCCUGGUUGAGACCACUUCCCGGGUCAAGAAUUUCGACUCCUACAGGAAGGUUGGGACAUGGCGCAGCUACGGCCCAAACUCUGCCUGUCGCAUCGGUGACAAGGACUUCUCCGAGGACGGUGUCAAGACUGUCCAAAGGCUGAAGAAUGUGGCCACCCUUGAGGACUGCAAAGCCGCUGGCAAGAAUGAUUCUGGUGCCGGCAGUGUCACAAAUCAAUCAUCAUCCACCAUCAUGUUUGACAUUGCUGUCACCGGCACAAACUGGGAAGAUAGAGGUGCCACACAUGGUUUGUGA